AUGGAGAAGAACCAAAACCCUAAUACCUGGUCGGAGCUUCCUCUAGAUCUCUUGAACUUAGUUUUCAAACGCCUCAGUUUUGCUAAUUUUCGACGAGCGAAAUCGGUGUGUUCGUCUUGGUACUCUGCUUCGAAACAAUGCGUGCCCAAAAAUCAGAUCCCUUGGCUGAUGCUCUUCCCCAAAGACAAAAACAGCAAUUCAUGCACGUUUUUCAAUCCCGAGGACAAAGAUUUUUUAUACAAAACGCAAGAUCUUGGUGUGGAAUUUGCCAAGAGUGUUUGUAUAGCAACCUACGGAAGUUGGCUUCUUAUGCAAGAUUCAAAGUAUAAUUUAUACAUUUUGAAUCCAUUCACCAAAGAGAGUAUCGAUCUUCCGGCUGUGGAAUCACAACAACCUGCCAUGGUAAAGGUUGAACGAACCAUAGAUGAUGAUUUUAUCACUUUCGGCGAUCACAACCACGUUAAGUUAUUUAAAGGUAAUAAUACCGUACGUACCCCUGUGUUUUGGAUUGACGAGAAAACCAAAGAUUACAUAGCUCUGUGGGGGCUUGGAUAUUGGUGUGUGGUUUAUGCGAAGAAAGGAGAUAAGUUGUGGAAUCAAAUUCCAGAAAUUAUUUUAGAUUCUCUUGACAUGGUUUACAAGGAUCACAAGCUUUACUCAUUUAGCUACAGAGAGCUUUUCACAAUCUUAGAUUUUUCUGGAGAGAUUCCUCGACAGACCUUUCAACGUUUUAUGCAUGUGUAUAGAUUUGAGUGGUUAAGUCCUCGUAGUCGUCAACUAAGUAAUUCAUGGUGCCUUGCUGAGACAAAACUUGUAGUCACAGUAACCGGGGAUGCCCUCUUGGUUGAAAGAAUGUUAAGACCUAGGUCUAGAAUCCAGUCAUUCAACGUCUACAAGUUUUAUUCGUCAGGGAAUUUUUUUGAUAAAUAUGAACUUGCAGAUUCUUUGGGCGACGAGGCAAUGCUUUUGGAUCUAGGCAUCACUGUGCUCGCCAAUGAAGUUGAGGGACUCAAUAGAAAUGAAGCAGUCCGUCCUCGCUCUACAUGACCGAGUCGGUCAAGCACAGUUGCGUUUAGUGAAUAGGGUCUCUGCUAGGUGGGUUCAAUCCAAUUACGGUAAAGAUGGAAGAAACGAGCAGACCGUGUUGGAUACAUCAUCUUCGGUGGCAGUGGAUGACGCAGCACUAGAAGAUAUGAUGAAGCUUGUUAGCAUCUUCGUGGAUGCUAAUCGUUUAAGGAUGAAAGUGAUCACGGGUCUUGUCAAACUUAUGAACGAUUCACAAGCGGCUCAAUAUCUUGAAUCUUUAUGCAAGUUUUUUCCUGGGUUUACGCUAUAGGUUUUUAGUUUAGUUAUUUAUGAUAUUCCUAGGUUGAUGAUGUUUUCUUAUUCAGAGUUCAGAGAGUAUUUGUCUCAACUCUUUCGAAUCUAUUAUAAUAACGAAACCAUCUGGUUAUUUUCUCUACAAUUGUGAACAUGGAUGUGUAAAACGUCAAACACAAUCGUUAUAUUUGUCCUUUCCGUUUGCAUAUGACUUAUAAAUUUUGAUAUAGUAUCGUACUC